AUGAGUUAUUCACUUGUGAAUUCUGAGUCAUUUGGGAAUAACAACUGGUGUUUGAAUCUUCAACCUGCCUACCAACAUUCGCUUUUGGCCAGUUUAAGCAAUGGUCAAGUUCAUCAAUUAGAUUGGCAAACUGGCAAAUCUAUUGCACACAUAAAAACAGGGGAAGUCGCUGUGAACAAGCUGAAGCUCAUUAAUAAUGAUCAUGAAAAUGAAUCUACUUAUGCUACUGCUACUAUGGGUGCUGUCAAAAUAUGGGAUAUAAGAUCUAAUAACUGUUUGGCAACUAUUUCUAAUGAUAAAAAUGCACCUUUUCUGUCAUUAGAUUCUCGUCAUAAUAUGUUAGCAUGUGGUACAGAAUUAAGUGGAUCAGAUGCAGAACUACAUAUCUAUGAUGUUAGAAAAUGGGAUUCGCCGCUUAGAUCGCUAGUGGAUUCACAUCACGAUGAUAUUACCGAUAUUGCAUUCCAUCCAAGUGACCCCAAUGUACUCAUGAGUGGAUCUACUGAUGGGUAUACAAACAUUUACGAUUUAAGACAAGCAGAAGAAGAGGAUGCAUUGCAUCAGGUAAUAAAUUUUGCGUCGAUUCAUUCUUGCGGUUGGUUAGCACCAAGGAGAAUAUUCACCCUCUCUCACAUGGAAACAUUUUCCAUUCACGAAUUGAACGAUAAAUCUGAUGAAGCUAAAGAACCUCGUCCAGUAGAAUUUAAUGAUGUUCGUGAAUCCUGGGGGUGUGAUUACGUCGUUGAUAUUCAUCCUGGAUACGUGGCUUGUGGUAAUUCACAAGAAGGUAUCGGUAAACUACGUAUUUUGCCUUUCCAAGGUGAACAGGUAGAUACUAAUAAUGCGAUUGAUAUUAAUGCUGCACACGGUGAUGAAGUCGUAAGAGACGUCUUUGUUCCUGCCCGUAAUUCUAAAUUACUCUACUCAUGUGGUGAAGAUGGUAGCGUCAAAACAUGGGAGAACAAAUCAGGACCCUUGAAUGUUACUGACGAGUUCUGGGAUUACUCCCAACUGUUGAAUGUGUUGGAUGAACAACCUGUUGUCGUCGAAGAACCAAAGGAAACCAAGCAUAGCAAGAAGAAGCAUAGCAAGAGCAAGAAAAGCAACAAGCAACGUUUUAAACCAUACUAA